AUGAAGAUAAGCAACUUAGCUGCUGGGCUGCUCGGAGCUUCAAUGGCCGGCUCGGUGAGCGGCGCAUCCGUCCAAAGCGUUUUCAAAGCCAGCUCACUACUUGAUAAGGCCAUAGACGCCCUUGGAAUGGAUAAGUCCGAAGUACUUGGGUCUCUUUCAGAUGAGCUUAAGCAAGUAUGGGGUGAAAUGAGCCUUUUAUUCCCACAAGCUGUUUCUGAGCUACAAUUUGUCACUAAACCAAAGACCAAGGUCACCAAAAGACCGGAGACUGAAUGGGACUUUGUUGUUCAGGAAACCUCUGCCUACAAACUUCGGGUGAACAAGAUUAAGAACCCCAAGGUACUAGGUGUCGACCCCGGUGUGAAACAAUACACUGGUUACCUUGACGUUGAAGAGGACGACAAGCACUUUUUCUACUGGUUCUUCGAGAGUAGGAACGACCCCAAGAACGACCCUGUCAUUCUGUGGCUAAAUGGAGGUCCUGGCUGUUCCUCACUCACCGGCCAAUUUUUCGAAUUGGGUCCUUCUUCUAUUGGUCCCGAAAUUGAGCCUGUCCACAAUCCCUACUCCUGGAACAACAACGCAUCUGUGAUUUUCCUGGACCAACCUGUUAACGUUGGAUACUCUUACUCUUCCGGUAGCGGUGUUUCCAACACUGUAGCUGCAGGUAAGGAUGUGUAUGCAUUCUUGCAACUGUUCUUCAAGCAAUUCCCAGAAUAUGCUUCUGGCCAAGACUUUCACAUUGCUGGUGAAUCCUAUGCCGGUCAUUAUAUUCCUGUCUUUGCUUCUGAAAUUCUCUCUCAUCCCGUCGAAGAAAGAUACUUCAAUUUGACGUCCGUUUUGAUUGGUAACGGUUUGACCGAUCCUUUGUCUCAAUACCCUCUCUACGAACCAAUGGCAUGUGGUGAGGGUGGUGAACCUUCCGUUUUGGAACCAGAUGAAUGUGAAGGUAUGCUAGACUCUUUGCCUCGUUGUUUGAGUUUGAUUGAAUCCUGUUACGAAUCUGAAUCAAUUUGGACUUGUGUUCCCGCUACUAUUUACUGUAACAAUGCGCAAAUGGGCCCAUACCAAAGAACUGGAAAGAAUGUCUACGAUAUGCGCAAGGAAUGUGAGGGAGAGCUAUGCUACGACGAAAUGAAAUAUAUGGAAGAAUAUCUCAAUCUUGACAUUGUUAAGGAAGCAGUUGGUGCUGAAGUUGACAAGUAUGAAUCUUGUAACUUUGAUAUCAACAGAAACUUCCUUUUUGCCGGUGAUUGGAUGAAACCAUAUCAAAAAGCAGUUAGUAAUUUGCUAAACCAAGAUUUACCAGUUUUGAUUUACGCCGGUGACAAAGAUUUCAUUUGCAACUGGCUGGGUAACCAAGCCUGGACUGAAGUCUUGCCAUGGAAGUACAGCGACGAAUUUCAAGCUGAGAAGUCUCGAGACUGGGUUUCCAGCAUCACUGGUGAAAAAGCGGGUGAGGUGAAAAACUACAAGCACUUCACCUUCUUGAGAAUCUACGGUGGUGGCCAUAUGGUUCCAUUUGACGUUCCUGAACAUGCUUUGGGAAUGGUAAAUGACUGGGUGCAAGGUGAUUAUGCUCUUUAA